CAGGUAAAUAGUCUUACGAAUACUUGUCUUUGCUUGCAUGUGAUAUCCAUUUGUUUAAUUUGAUUAGAUUCGAAAGCUACAAAUGUAGAAGUGAAAAUAAUUUUUGCCUACGUUUUUAAUAUUUGUAUUUACUUAACAAAUAUAUGCACAAUACACGAUAUUCAAUAGUAUUGUAGAAGAAGCCAUUCCUCAGAAUAUGAGACGAAGAUCUAUUACAGAUAGUUUAAAUGUAAAAAUCAACAUUCCAGCAGAUGAUUUGAAACCAGAACCACUACACGAGGAUGAGUUUUUUGAAACCCACAGAGAUAGUGCAGAUCAAUUGAACAAACUGGUUGAAGACGAUUCAACUCCAGACCAUAGUCCAACAGGAAGUGAUUUAUUACUAACAAAAGGCACCGAAAAGAUAGACAGAGAAAGUGUUCAUUCAAACAAAAAAUGGAUUAUUAAAUAUGUAAUUCUCCCGUCGAUGAUUUGUGUGAUUCUGUUAAUACUCUUUGUAUAUGUACUUUAUACCAUUAAAACAGAUAGCCAUGUUCAUGAAGGCCACAACCAAUCAAAGAAUAAUAUGACUCAAAGUGAAGAUAUGAACACAGUAUAGAGCAUAAACUAAUGUAUCGUUAUAUGUUGUUACUUGGAAGAAAUGGAAAUGUGUAAUAAUCGUUAUAUCGAAGGAAAAAAGCUGGUUUAUACUGCAGAAAACGAAUACCAGUAUG